GGAGGGGUGGGGGGGGUUCUCCCAGCAUCGGUAUGCCUGCCUACCUCCUUUCUAGUCCAGACAUAGUUGCUGCUCCUCUGGAUAGAAACAACAGCUGAGGUGUGAUUCUAAACAUCAGUCGCCCUGCGCAGCGCCUUCAUCCCCUCGGCUCACGGCAGCCUGCUGCGAUCUCACUGUGGAGGACGGGAAGACAAGACGAGAAGCACGUAGAGCCUGUGGAAAGAGGCGACAAACGAGUGGAAGAAGAAGCAGAAGCGAGCGGUCUGAAAAAAGAGGAGAUAUUCCACUUGAUGUCUCCUUCCCGCAAUUCACGUACGCGGCAGGUUACAACGGUAACCGUGAUGUCGGUUUACUGGAAGCUGUGACUCUGGACUACAGACGGGUAAGAGAGGGCUUCAAUCUGUGCUUUCUGCAGCUGCAGCAGAUGUUGAAGACCUCUUUGACUUUAUAGGGAGUGGAGGCAUUUCAGGCAUAGAUUGCACUGGAAUUCCUUUAAACAAAGUCACAUUUUACUCCGGGUUUUUUCUCCCUUCCCUUCUGUGCCUGCAGCUGGGAGGUUUGCUGAACCGGAAAGAGGAGAAGGAAUACGCAUUUUUGUUUUGUGCGUUUUUUCUGGGUUUUUUUCCUCAGUUUUGUAUAUUCGUGUAAAAGUACCCCCCCGCCGCCCCCUACCCCGAAGACUUCUCACCUUUCCCUGUCCUUUCCGUCGCUCCUGCAUUUGAAAUGGCAGAUGGCGACAGGCUCGUCGGCGAACCGCAGCGCGGAGCUUUUUGUUUGGACUGAAACCACGCUGCUCUGAGAACCAGCCGUUCACUAGUGGACGCCAUCGUACCCUCUAGUGCCCCCACCCGAGAGAGGCUCUUAUUCCUGUCCGAGAUGAUGAAUUCCUCCCUGGAUCCACUGAACCAGAGCUCUGCUGACCCGUCAAACACGUCUUCUCCUUUCUGCCUACUUGCCAUAAGCUACUCCCAGGUUUUCACCACCUGCCUUCUGGAAGUCUCCAUCAUAUGUCUCCUCGCUGUCCUCAUUAUUUCUGGCAACCUGGUGGUGAUCUUUGUGUUUCACUGCGCCCCUUUGCUCAGCCAGCACACCACCAGUGCGUUCAUCCAGACCAUGGCGUACGCCGAUCUGCUGGUGGGGGUCAGCUGCCUGUUCCCCUCGCUGUCCCUCCUCCACCGCCUCCAGGGGCUCGACCCCAGGCUCACCUGCCAGGUGUUCGGCUACAUGGUGUCCGUUCUGAAAUCCGUUUCCAUGGUGUCGCUGGCGUGCGUGAGCGUCGACCGCUACGUCGCCAUCACGCGCCCGCUGACCUACGCCUCCCUGGUGACGCCGUGUCGAGUGCGGUGCUGCAUCGCCCUGAUCUGGUUGUACUCGGCGCUGGUGUUCCUGCCGUCUUUUCUCGGGUGGGGGAAGCCCGGUUACCACGGGGACGUGGUGGAGUGGUGCGCGGUGGAGUGGCGGACCUCCCCGGCCUUCACCACCUUCAUAGUGAUGCUGCUGUACGCGCCGGCCGCCCUCACGAUCUGCUUCACCUACGUCAACAUCUUCAAGAUCUGCCGGCAGCACAACCGGGAGAUCAGCGAGCGCCACGCGCGCUACCGGCCCCAACAGUCGCAGGGCCCGGGGUCGGCGGCGGAUCAGGGGCGGUCGUCCCUCUUGGCGCAGACGGCAAAAUCCCAGCCGCAGUAUCAGCAGCCCACAUCGACGUACCCGGACAAGCGAUACGCCAUGGUGCUGUUUCGCAUCACGAGCGUGUUCUACAUCCUGUGGUUGCCCUACAUCCUCUACUUUCUGUUGGAGAGCGCCGGGAUCUACCACCACCCUGCCGCCUCAUUCCUAACCACGUGGCUGGCCAUCAGCAACAGCUUCUGCAACUGCCUCAUCUACAGCCUCUCCAACUCCGCCUUCAGGAAGGGCCUCAAACGCCUCUGCUCCUUCUGUCUGCAGCGCGGCGGCGGCGGGGUUCGGAGCACCAAAAAGGCUUUCGUUGGUUCGGUUGAGAGAGGAUGUGGAGGACAGGAGUAUGGAUACGGUGGUGGGGAAAUAGGAAUUGGCACGACGUGUCACGUGUAGAGUCCACAGGGAGGAGCGCACUUGUGCCAAAUUGGCAUUUGAACCGGUUAAAAGACGCCUGGUUUGACGGCUGUAACACGUGUCCUCUUUUUAAGCAUCGGCGUGCCGCAAAGAGCUGGAUUAAGGUGUGAAUUUGCCGCCACCGUCUCUGGUGCAUUCGGAGGUUACACAGCGUCCUCUGUGCGCGCGAUGGGGCUGGCAAAGACGGAGAAAAGGAGUCGAGAGCAAAGCCAUGAAAGGUUUUUUUUUUAAACCGAAGCAGAGUUUCUCGUUGAAAAGAAGGAGAGAAAAACUUUAUGAGGUUGAACAUUUGCAUCUUUUAGGUUUCCUUAAAUAGGAUAUCAAUCCGUAAUUUAUUUUGCAAAAAACACGAAGUUGUUGUUGAACAAUGCAGCCCUUGUUGCUAGUUAUUCAGGACAAUUACAAACAGAACUGAAGUUGACUUGGUUUAGUAAUGUGAUGCUGAGGUGAACCGAUCAUGUCCUCGCCCUCUGUGUCUAAAUACUUAAAGCGAUGCUGCAGUUUGUUUGUGCAUUUGUUUGGCUUAUUGACUGAGCUUAGUCUGUUAAAAAGAAAACAAUCCUGUUCUAUGUCUUUUUGAUGUUUGCAUUGACUGAACUGAUUUUGGUUUGUCGACAUGAGACGUCGGUUCACUGACAUUUGCAUUCAGGCUAUUGUCAUUGUUUUCUGAUUGAAGGUGUGUAUUUAAGUUUAGGGUUCUCACCUUGAGCAUGCUGUCGGGUAUAUAAUAUGAGAUGCUGCUCAUCUUGGUUGUAACAUAAAAAAAAAGAUAACUUUAGUUUCUAUCUUUCUUCAAAUCUGUUUCAUUGCACUUCUGUUGUUUUUAUGACCAAACACAAGUAGUUUCAUAAAGAAAGUUAAGAAACAUGUAUAUCAACUUAUUAUACAAUUAUUGUUGGUACAUUUUUUUUUUUUUUUUUCAAGGCUUUGAUCAAAGAAAAGCGUUGCGCUCAUAGAAGAAUGACCCUCGAACUGUGAUCCUGACUAGUCUUAGGAAUUUGCUUAGAGAAUAAUCUAAUGAUUAGUCUUUGAUAUAAAUGUGGGGAUUUCAUAAUUCCAGAUUCUCGCAAAUAAUUACUGUGUUACAAACCUUGGUGUACUUUAUUUAUUUGUAUUCCAAUUAACUUCCACAAUGGGGUUGUUUUUCGUGCUGGGGUCAACAAAAAACAACUAAACUGUUUUCAGUUAACUAAAACAAGAAAAGUGUUCCACGAGAUACGUGAAGCAGCUCUGCAUACGAAACAACAACAAUAAUAGUGCAAUGGAUAUAAACAAAAUAGUCAUUAAUACACAAAGAAAAAUGAUAAUAAUAAUAAUAAAAGCUAUCAAAAGGAUUCUAAAAACAAACCAUAAUGACUUCUGCACAAGAGUGAUCAAUUAUUUCCUUUUUGAAAGGUCUGUCCGAUGUGGGUAGCAAAUCCCAAGAAGAACAAACACUAUUUCCUUCUUGACGAUGGACUAGAUUUCUAUCUGUCCUCCACAGCGACCCAUUAAAAACCAAUCACGCGACUCACACAUUAGCACAUAAAGAACAUUGAAAAUCUAAUGUUCCUCAGCUGCACUUAACCAAAUGACUGGGCAGUCCUCCAGGUGUAUUGUGCUGUGACUGAAUUGUUGUCCCUGCAUUCCUGGAGGUGUGCGUGUGCGUGUGCAAAUGCACAAACACAGGUAUAUCUCAUGUUAACAGAGCAGACCCACAUCGUCCAUCCGUCCCCGAGAGCAGUUUUGGGGGAUUCUUUUCAUGUAAAACACAUUUAGCAGAUCAGCUGAUAUUAAUCAAAUACUGAUAAUAUUAUCACUACUUUCAACCACGGACCCUUGUGUCACUUUAUCUAAAUGCAGAUAUGAUCACUUUAGAUGUUUUAGCUAAUUUACCAAAGAAAGUAAAAUUCUUGGACAUUCUAAAAAUAAAAUGCCAAUGGGUUUUACAAAAGCUUUGUGUAGGUCAUCACUGCGUUGUCACAGCAAUGCCUUGUGUGCAUGGUUUCGACUGUUAUAUAGUGAUAUUUUGUUGCCUUGAUGCACAAAUUAACAUGAAUUCUUGGGAAAAGUGUUUUUCCUUACAUUUCCGCAGGGCUUAAUUUGUAGACUCCUGACUGUUUUUAGAGGGAAGGGCACGGACUGUUGAUAUGUGCGUCAGCCCGCCUCCAUUCCCCACUCACUAAUGACUACAUGAGUCCAUGUGUCCGCAGUUAGCAAAUGUCACCGUUAAUUCAGCUACACUUUAAAAAAACCCCCUCAAUUUUCAAUAAUAGUUCCUCUCUUCUGUAAAACACAUGACUCAAUACAGUUAUGUCUUGUCUUCUAAUUUAUUUGAUCUCGUGUGUGUGUGUGUGUGUGUGCGCUGAAUUUAACGGUGCUCUGGCGUCGGUGCUAACAGAUUCUCAUCGCUUCGUUAGCCGCGAGUCACUUCCCUCGAGAUGAGGUACAAUGGUGGUAGAUUCACAAGCGCAUCUAGUUAUCCGUGAAGCGUGGCCAAGUACUGUUACUCUGCCUACUGUGUGAAGAAAUAAUCAUGUGCAGAAACAGCGUAUCGAAUGUUGAAAGUUAUAUUUUUGUAAAAUGACCUCCUUUCUGUCUAUUUACUUGUGAAAAGUUGUGACCUCUGAUUUUAGACUUGAGCAGCAUGCUCACCUCUUAAGAUGAAUCUCUAGGGCGAUGCGUUUUAUUCCUUGUUCUGCUGUCUUUUGCGAUUGGUUGAAGGUAGAUAACGUGGAGGUUGAGGGAAGAGGAAAGCUGUUAUGAGGGGAUGAACCCGGUGGUGGUGAUUGUGUGGAGGUGCAGCGACAUGUUGGUUAGAAAGAACAUCUGUAGGUAAAAAGCCGUCUGACAGGAGAGAGGAACAAGACUGCUGACGGGGCACAAAAAUGAGUCGGUUUGACUUAAAAACUGGCAGGCCUGUGCAGAUGUGGUUGUACAGGUAUGAAAAUAAAAACACGCUUAACAAUGGGUCCAAAGGACAAACAUUACACUGGUUCCUAGCUUUCUUAUCUUAAGGCUUUUUGUGUGUUUCCAGAGUCCUUCUAUUAUGCACAUGUCAAGAUGAAAUAAAUCAUUUUAAGCCUUUUACAAAUUAUCAAGAAAAAUUAGUCCACUGCUGCUUCAUUAUCAUCAUCAUCCUCUCAUCGUAUGUUGUUAGCCCACGCGGCACUAGUUGCGUCGCCAAUUUUCAGAACCGAGCCUAUGAGCCUUGUGAACAAGCGCGCCUCUAUGUAGCAUACUGUAAAUGUGGACCAAAGUGAACAUGAAGUUUGUAGUAACUGUAUUUGACACAGCAGCGAUGAUUGGGGCCUUAUGUGAAACGACCUGUAACAUUCAAUGGUUAUCUUGAACAUACUGUUUUCUAAAUACUGGUUGGCUGUUCUCGGAGUCCAUCGGACCCUGAAUGGGCAGCACAGCCUCGUUCUUGUUGUAAAAUGUAACGGUAUUUUUCAUCAGAUUUUCUUGGUAAUGUUAUCUCGUAAGGCUUAUGACGCAGCUCUUCCCAGGAACAGAUUAUCAUCACAUUAAAACAAGACCGCUGUUGCAAAUCGUUGGUGUGAAAACAUCCGCAUGGGACUUUUGUCACUGAAAGAUGGCUCAGUCAACAAAAGGGCAUCUUGAGAAAAUAAGCCACUGUACACAUACAUCUGUUACUGUAUUGAUCAUGACAAACUGUCAUAUUUUAUACGUCAGGGGUGUUGACUUUGUGAUUUAGCUGUUUGUAAGCGGUAUGCAUUGAUAGAUGGAGAAUGUGACGCAAGAGGCCAAAUAUGUCAUGAAAGAGAGUCCCUGUGAAUCUUUCAAAUGUUUUCACGUCAUCACGUGAUGCUGUGUCGGGUUAAAAGCCCAUGUGGUAUUACAUCAUGUACAUGUUGUGGAUGUGUACUGCGCAAAUAAACGUGAUGCUAUCUCAAUGUA